CAGGAAGCUAAAUAAUUAUCUCAAGAUGCCGCACUCAAUAUCUCCGGAGUCAACUCCAGCAGAGGAUUCCUCCAUGCCCCACGUCAACGCCCAGCCCUUAAAGUCCGAACCUUCAACUCCGUCCAAGGAUAUCGCAAUGUCGGAUGCCCUAAGUUCCCCCGAAGACUCCAAAACGAAAGUCAAUCUCGAAGGUCUGUUCGACGAUGAAGACUCAGAUCUCGAAUUCCCUUCCAGCGCAUCGCAAAUCAAAUCCGAGGAAGAACCGUCACAGCCGGAGCCGUUCAGGAUAACAUCGAGAUCGACCUUCUCCGACCCUGAAAUCAUGCGCGCGUUCUACCAACGCCUCUUUCCGUUCCGCUAUCUCUUCCAAUGGCUCAACCACAACCCCACCCCCUCCAACGAUUUUGCACAUCGAGAAUUCGCUUUCACGCUUCCCAAUGACGCGUAUCUGCGGUACCAAUCCUUUCCUACAGCUGAUCUGCUCCGCAAGCAAUGUAUACAACUGCUUCCGUCUCGUUUCGAAAUCGGUCCCGUGUACUCGACGAAUCCCCGCGACCGAAAGACUGUGAGGAAAGCCAGCGCUUUUCGCCCGUUGACGAAGGAACUAGUGUUUGAUAUUGAUAUGACGGAUUAUGACGAUGUGCGGACAUGUUGUACUGGCGCUAGCAUUUGUCAUAAAUGUUGGGCGUUCAUCACUAUGGCGAUAAAAGUCGUCGACGUCGCACUACGCGAUGACUUCGGCUUCAAGCACAUCCUCUGGGUCUAUUCCGGUCGUCGAGGGGCCCACGCCUGGGUGUGCGACAAGCGAGCCCGAGAGCUAGACGACAGCAAGCGACGUGCCAUUGCUGGAUAUCUUGAACUCCUUAAAGGUGGAGAUCAGGGCGGGAAGAAGGUUAAUGUGCGACGGCCUCUGCAUCCGCACCUCGAUCGCAGUCUCAACAUCCUGAAAGAGCAUUUCCAGACAAGUAUCUUGAUUGAGCAAGACCCCUGGGCUGAAGAAAAAUACGCACAUCUACUUCAGCUCCUACCAGACCCGACACUCAGAGCUGCGCUGCAAAAGAAAUGGGAUUCCAGCCCUUCUCGCCCCAGCACCUCAAAAUGGUCCGACAUCGAUAAUCUCGCGAAAACUGGUGCAUUGUCCAAAACGUCUAAGGAAUUGCUCGAAGCAAAGCAGGACAUCGUUCUCGAAUACACAUAUCCGCGUCUUGAUGCCGAGGUCUCCAAGAAAUUGAACCAUUUGCUGAAGUCACCAUUUGUAGUCCAUCCCGGGACUGGAAGAGUCUGUGUGCCGAUUGAUACGAGGAAAGUCGAGGAAUUCGAUCCGUUGAGUGUGCCAACGGUGACGCAGCUGUUGAGUGAGAUUGAUGAGUGGGAGGGAGAGGGCGAGCAGAAGGUGCAGGAUUGGGAGAAGACGAGCUUGGUUCCCUAUGUGGAGUUCUUUAGAACGUUCGUAGGCGGCUUAUUGAAGGAGGAGAGGCGCGGACUGAAAAGGGAGAGAGAGGAGGGUGGAGAUGAAAUGGAGUUUUGA